AUGGGUGUUCAUAAAUUGUUACAUGCGGUGGGUCCUCGUCGAGGAAGGAGGUUGGGUCGAAUUUUUAGAGCAGCACUCAGUUUCAGGUCGUGGCUCUUACUGCUUCCUCUACUCUGCUUAUUGUCUUUUGCGCUUUUUGGCCUCAAAUUCGUUAUACUUGUUGGUCAUGGUGGUAGCAUGGAAAAUCGCAUGUCAUCUUCACACCAACAGCAUAUCAGUGGUAAUGAGGAAAGAUUUUACAAGGAAGUAGAGAAACAACAACUACAACACUCUCGAUAUGGUGGUGUUGAAAUAAAAGCACAAGGAGGCAAGCACCGGAAGCAGCAUUUUCCUUGUGAAAUCGUGUUCACGGAAACGGUUGAUUAUCUUGUUGAACCUACGGGAAGUUUUACGCAAUUUUCGCUCCAGUAUGUGGCUAUGGAAGAGAAACCUUUGGGGGUCAAUUCAUUUGAAUCUAGGUUUGGAGGACAUCAGACACUUGAGGAAAGGGAGAAGUCUUUCUAUGCUCGUAAUCAAACUCUUCAUUGUGGUUUUGUUAAAGGACCUCCUGGAUUUCCAAGCACUGGAUUUGAUUUUGAUGAAAAGGACAUGGCAUACAUGAGCACCUGUCGGGUUGCUGUAUCUUCUUGUAUUUUCGGGAGUUCUGACUUUCUAAGGAGGCCCACGAGCAAAAAAAUUAGUGAAUUUUCCAAGAAAAAUGUUUGUUUUGUUAUGUUUGUGGAUGAGCAAACACUGUCCAAAUUGGCUUCAGAUGGACAUGUCCUAGAUAAUAGAGGAUUUGUUGGUCUAUGGAGACUAGUUGUUGUCAGGAACUUACCAUACAAGGACAUGCGGAGAACUGGCAAGGUGCCAAAAUUUUUAUCGCACCGCAUCUUCCCUUCUUCUAGGUACUCAAUUUGGCUUGACAGUAAGAUGCGACUUAAUGCUGAUCCAAUGCUGAUAAUUGAAUACUUUUUGUGGCGAACAAGAUCAGAAUAUGCCAUUUCAAACCAUUAUGAUCGUCACUGUGUCUGGGAGGAGGUGCUCCAAAAUAAGCGCCUAAAUAAGUACAAUGAAACGGCUAUUGAUGAACAGUUCAAUUUUUACCAGUCUGAUGGCCUCAGCAAGUUUGACCCUUCAGAUCCGAAUACUCCUUUACCAAGUUAUGUGCCUGAAGGUUCAUUUAUUGUUCGGGCUCAUACACCAAUGUCAAAUUUAUUUUCGUGCCUCUGGUUCAAUGAAGUUGAUCGAUUUACUUCUCGUGAUCAACUGAGCUUUGCAUACACUUACUUGAAACUCAGAAGAUUGAAUCCCAAUCAACCAUUCUACCUAAAUAUGUUCAAGGAUUGUGAACGCCGGGCACUAGCAAAGCUAUUCCGGCACCGGGCACCCCCAUCAUCUCCACCUGAGUGCCUUAAAUGCCAAAAAGGCAUAGAAGUUACUUUUCUGGAUAUCUUACUUGCGAUCAAGACACCCUUAUCAAGGAGCAUUCGAUACAGAUUUGACUUCAGGAUCAACUGCACUCUGCUUUCACUGGCAGAAACCUUAGAAUGGGAUUGCAGCACUGUUUUUAUUGUGGUGGAUCCUGAUAUUUGGGUUCCAUGCAUAGUGACAGAACCUGUGUCAGUUGCUGUGAUGUGA